AUUUUGAUACAAACCAGUAUGGUAGAGUCUUCUGUACAGUCAGUUUCGGUUUAAAGUUUCGCGAAAAUGCUACUUUUCGUAUACCUGUCUUCAAUAUUUAUGUUGCUGACAGCGAUUUUAGUGCUGAAGAAAUCCAAGCACCCUAAGUUAACGAUGGGCGCGUGGUUGAGCUACAUCUGGUGGGGCGGAGACCCUGACGCGGUAAACCCAGUGUCCGGGCUCACCAAGAGAGAGAUUUACGCCGUGCAGAAAUCCUGGGCACCAGUGUAUGCCAAUUCAGUGGCCAACGGGACGGAAAUUUUGAACAGACUAUUCACCACCUACCCAGAAACGAAGAACUACUUCAAAAUGAUCCGCAAUUUACCAGACGGCGAGUACGCCCAGAAUUUCCAGUUUAAAGCGCACGUGAUCAACCUGAUGUCAGCUUUGAACCUAGCCAUCAUGAACCUGAACCAGCCUGAAAUUGUAGCAGCCAUGAUGGUGAAGCUUGGCGAAUCACAUAAGAGAAGAGAAAUAAAAGAACAAAACUUUCAUGACUUGAAAAACGUGCUAGUGAAGAUGUUCAUCGAAGUACUAAAUCUCGACGCAGCGACUCUCGGAGCGUGGGGGAAGACCGUAGACUUCUGGUACAAGAACAUAUUCCAAUCAUUGAAUGCUGAGGAGAGUAGAUAACACCACCAGUUCCCAUUUGACGACCGCGGGUCUCUCUGCUUGGUUUAAAGUUAUUGUAAAUGCUAAGGGUGCUUUCGUAAAGAAAUUACGCUCGGUCGUGUGCCUGUUUCUGAUGGUACCUUUUCUAUUUUGAUAAGCCAGUUUUAAUGUUGACAUGAUGAAAGCCCAAAUAUUUUCAUGCAAGUGUUUUCUUUUCUGAUACACAUCCGGCGUUAGUGCAAUGUUAAAUUGGUAGUAGGUAGGUAAACGUGUGUGCAAUUUUGAAAAAUUGAUGAAUUUUAAUUUCUGUGACGGGUCUGGGUGUGACUAUGUAUAAUAUUUAUGUAUUUAAAAAAAAAAAGUAUACAAGUAGUAUAUCCGUUAAGCUAGCACCCAUAACACAAGCAUUAAGUUGCUUACUUUGGGGCUAGCUGGCGCUGUGUGAAAUUGUCCAAAGAUUUAUUUAUUUAAAUGUAAGCUGGUUGCUGCUAUAAGUUGCCUGUCACUAUUUAACAACUGUCAAAUUAUGUAGUGAGUUAACACCACAGAUGGUUAACACCAAUGAGAUACUUUAAGGCUAGGUUGCGAAAUCUUACUUUAGCUUUGACGAACUUCAAAAAUAUGUCAAACUCCAUACAAAAAGCACCGGAUAAUGUUAUAGUUGCCGUUAAAGUUAGGUGGUGCAACUCAGCCUAAUGGGUUGUCGAAUCGCAGUAAUUAAUGCAAUAACGCUUUUAAUUUAGAUUUCAAAGCUACACCCUACUUUUCAUGGAAAAUUGAUAGAGUUUUCAGGACUAGUAUUAGUCUAAUGACUAGUCUAAUAUCGCGCUUAACAUAGCGCUGCGACCACGCCAGCUGUGUGUGUGUGUCAGAAGUUUGCAAUCAAUAUCUUACCUACUUAUUUACUUCUGUUUAUUUUGUCAACGGUUCCUUCUUUCUAUAAAAAGUUAGCAAAUCCUGACGAGUCCUCGUUCCAAAUGAUUGAACUUUACAGGAUUUCAGCGAACAUUAAACAAACAUUAAGUCCUCGUACGGCUCACACUUUCAUGUUUAUUUAAGUUGCAAAGUUUGGGCUAAGUCUUACCUUAACGAUACUUUCAAAGUCAGUUAACAAACUCCUAACAACUUGGCUUGUUAAAAAUGGAUGUAGUUACAUCUACUUCUCUACCUGAGGAUUUUACAGAGAGAAUUAUAAGUUUAGUCUUUUAGAUAUAACUUAACUUUAACUUAAGUUUAAAAAAAAUAGAUUUUGUAACAAAAGAGGUUCGUUUUUGCACUUGAAUAUAAUGAAACUUAGAUAUUAUUUUAUUAAAUUGAAUAAUAUUUGAGUACAAAUCAUUUUACUAGCAGAGUACCGUGCGAUAAAAUCAUUAAUCGACCAAUUUUCUAUAUAAAAUAGUAAGUAGGUGCUUUACUAAGUAAAGGCAUUUAUUAUUAUAAUUGUAGUGCCCGUUCAAAUAAUAAACUAAUUAAAAUAUAAUUUGUACAAAUGAAAAAGAAAUUGACAAAAACUUGGCUCUCCCGGCUCGAGUUUUUAUCAAACAAAAAGUAAUUUAAAUGUCAAAUCUAUAUGAUUCAAGUCAUUAUUUGUAAGUAAUUUUGAACGGGUUUUGUUUAACAAUUAAUACUAACAUUGUAGAUAUAAUAAAUCGCUUAUAUACCAGUUUAAAACAUUAUUAUUUUACAACAUGGUUGUUUUUGAAUAUAACUAUUGUAGCAAACCCGCCUAGGAAUCGACGGCAGCGCCGCCUACCGGCCCGUUUUAGUGAUUACAACUUAAAAUAAUUUUUUGUCUAUGGCAAUGUAAGAUAUUCGUCUUCUCUCUGGCCACCCGGCACAUGUAUUGUAACAGCACCGUAAUUUUAUUUUAUAAUCGUCAAGUAAGAGUGGAGUAAACUCAUUCACAGGUU